AUGCCAACUGUGGGAAUCAAGAAAGUCAUCCUCGACAAACACUUCAAUCGGAAUUAUACCGAGAAGGAGUUCGACGAGCUUUGCUUCGAAUAUGGACUCGAACUAGAUGAAAUUACUUCCGAGAAGGCCGCCGUCGAGAAAGAGAGAGGAACCGAUGCCGCUGUUGAUUUGAACGAUCAGGAAGUCUACAAAAUCGAUAUUCCAGCCAAUCGUUAUGACUUGCUCAGCGUGGAAGGAUUGGCUCGUGCCAUUCGAAUCUUCAAGCAAGAAAUCCCAUCUCCUCAAUACAAAUUCGCCGACGUUCCGAAAUCUGGUCUCCAGAAGAUUAUCGUGAAGAAAGAGACUGCGCAAGUUCGUCCGUUCGUCGUCGGCGCCGUCCUUCGCAACAUCUCAUUCGACGCCGAUAGCUACGCGUCGUUCAUCGAUCUCCAGGACAAACUUCAUCAGAAUAUCUGCAGAAAGCGUACUCUCGUUGCCAUCGGAACGCAUGACUUGGACACUGUUCAAGGACCGUUCGAGUAUCGUGCCGAGGCACCGAAAGAUAUCAAGUUCAAGCCAUUGAACCAAACGAAAGAGUACACUGCUGAAGAGUUGAUGACCUUGUAUUCAAGUGAUAGUCAUUUGAAGGCAUACCUUCCAAUUAUCCAAAACCAUCCAGUCUAUCCAGUUAUCUAUGAUAAGAAUGGUGUCGUUUGCUCCAUGCCACCAAUCAUCAACGGAGAACAUUCCAAGAUCACUUUGAACACCAAGAACGUCUUCAUCGAGGCGACAGCUACUGACAAGCAGAAGGCCUUCGUGGUUCUUGACACAAUCGUGACCCUUUUCUCUCAAUACUGCGCCAAACCAUUCACCGUUGAGCAAGUUGAAGUUGUCUAUGAAGAGACUGGAGUCAAGGAGGUGUAUCCACUGCUCGCCUAUCGUGAGAUGACCGUGACGACGCCAGAAAUCAACACAAAAAUUGGAAUUCAGUUGAAGGAAGAAGAGAUGGCCACGCUUCUCAACAAGAUGUCGUUGAAGGCAGAAGUUGUGGGAAAGGAGACGUUGAAGGUGGUGGUGCCACCCACCCGUCACGAUAUUCUUCACGCUUGUGAUGUUGCAGAAGACGUUGGAGUUGCUUAUGGGUACAAUAAUUUGGUUACAAGACUUCCAGAGUCCAACACCGUUGCCGUCGCCUUCCCUAUCAACAAGCUCUGCGACAAUCUUCGUAUCGAAAUCGCCGCUGCCGGCUGGACAGAAGCCCUGAAUUUCGCUCUCUGCAGUCGUGACGACAUCUCCACGAAGCUCCGUCAGCCAGAAGCUCUCUCUCAUGCUGUGCAUAUCGGAAAUCCAAAAACCCUAGAAUUCCAAGUGGCUCGUACCUCUCUUCUCCCUGGCCUUCUGAAGACGUUGGCUUCCAACCGUGAUAUGCCACUUCCGCUGAAACUUUUCGAGCUUCAAGAUGUGAUUGUGAAGGAUUCGACGAUGGAUGUGGGAGCUAGAAACGAGAGACGUCUGGCUGCAGUUUACUAUAACAAGGCUGCCGGUUUUGAGAUUAUUCAAGGAUUCUUGGAUCGAAUGAUGCGGAUGUUGAAUGUCAACCCGGCUAAGGCUGAUAACGGAUACUAUAUUGAGGCAGACGAGAACCCGACUUAUUUCCCAGGAAGAUGUGCAAAGAUCAUUGGCCCAAAGGGAGUGGUUCUCGGACACAUCGGAGCACUUCACCCAGAAGUUAUCACAUCGUUCGGACUCACUUUGCCAUGUGGAGCCGUUGAAUUCAACGUCGAACCAUUCCUUUAA